GUUCAUUCACAAAAUUUGUACACGUUUAUCGCGUUAUUUUUCAUUUAACCUUUAGUCUCAGAGUGUAUACUAAGAGCGCGCAUCAUUUGCGGUGACCGGAGGCCGGCGGAUGUGAUAAGUCCUGUUCAUGACGAUAAAACCCAAGAGCGAAAUAAUUGUGUUUCGGCAACAUGAAUACAACGAUUUUUUCCAUCGUUGUUCUUUAUUUAAUUUCUACUAAUGCAGAUCCUGGGAAAUCGAGUACUAUCGAAAUUCGGGAAUGGGAAAAUAAUUUGAUAAAGGACGAACUGUCAUGCAUAAAUAGCACAGGGGUAAGUUUAAGCGUGAUAGAAAGAACAAAAGUUACUCUAGAAUUACCAGAAGACGACCCAAAGUAUAAAGAAUAUUUAAAAUGUUUUUAUACGAAAAGAGGCUAUCAAAACGAUUCAGGGGAAGUUCUUUAUGACAACAUCAAGAUAAUGAUACAUCAAUUUACUAACGCAACUGAAGCGACAAGAAUAAUAGACUUGUGCAAAGAAAUGAGAGGAGCAACUGCUGAAGAAAACGCCUUUGUCGCACAAAAAUGUUUAUUAAACCUGUUUCACCCCAAAACGGAGGAAGAAGAGAAAACGCAAGAAUAACAAUUUUUAAAGAAGAAACUUACGAUUUAAAGCUCAUUAUUUUGAUGGCAAGGCAUUAAUGGAUGUUUCACAACUUCUAGAAUUAAUCAAUUUGACUUUUUUGUGACUUCGUAGAAAACGCGCAAUCUGCAAUAAUUUGAAAAAAUCAAAUUUCAUUCGUCAGCACCUUGGAAAGUGAUAGAAGUUGUAAAAAGAUGAAUAAAUUAUGUUUACCUAUUAUUCAUUUAGUAACAAAUGUCCGACUACAGUAUUUUGUUAUAUUUAUGUAAAAAUUUAAAAUGUAAAAAUGAUUGCUAAUAUUUGUAACUAUCAGAUAUUUUUAAAUUAAAUGUUCUGUAAAACUUUAA